GUCGAUAAGUCGGCAGAUUCUGACGUGUUGAAUAGCGAGAUCGCCCUACCAUGCUCCAAGUCGCCCGCAGUAUAAUUUUCAAGUUGACUAGUGCAAGCCGUGAGACACUGUGGUGUAUGGUCUGAAUCUGUUGAAGAAAUCUGUUUAUUUUUUACCAGUGCGCCAUUGUUUUCAUUGAUCCUCUUAGAACGGGCUGAGAAUGCCGAAAAGACAGAUCCUUUUGUUGACGUCAUCCUUAUAUGAAGACGGGACCCACUUGGAGCAUGUGCGACCCUACAUCGAAAAAAUUCUCACAAAGAACAACGUCAAACGGGUGCUUUUCAUUCCUUAUGCAUUAGCAAAUUGUGAUUACGAUGAAUACACCGAAAAAGUUGAAACCAUCUUUGGAAAAUGGGGUUUCCAUGUAGACGGAAUACACAAGUCACCAGAUCAAAUUGCAGCAGUUAAAAAAGCCCAAGCGAUAUUUAUAGGUGAGGGGAAUACGGCUUUGCUGCUACUGCAACUUUACGAUGAAGAGAUAGUUAAGGCAAUUCGUAGACGAAUCAUAGAUGAUGGGAUUCCCUAUAUUGGAAGUAGCGUUAGUCCCAACGUUACAGUAUGUUCUUCCCAAACGGCGAAUGCGAUGGGAGUUGUUUGCCCAGGACCAUUCGAUGCACUGAAACUGGUACCAUUUCUUAUCAAUCCACAUUAUCUAGAGCCAAAUGCUAAUUUAAUUGAUCGCCGUGAGACAUUUGAGGUAAGAAUCCUUGAGGCUUUGAUGGUCAAUGAACGUCCGUGUUUAGCACUGCGGGAGGGCGCUUGCUUAGUUAUCGAAAGAAAAAAUGCAACUUUAUUUGGACCUGCUAAUGCGAUAUUAUUUAGAAAAGGGGAAGAACCAACUGAAUUUCCACCUGGGACGAAUUUUGGAUUUUUAUUUGACGAAUGUAAAGAUGUGGCGGUGCCAAUUUCGAAAUUUUACAGCUGAAUAGCCAAAUUCAUGCAGUCAAGGAGAUCAGAACGUUUUUCCGCUGUUCUUUUUUUUUUUAAUAAGAAAAGAUAUUUUUAAUUCACCUGUCAUCGCAACGGACAAAAUUUUAUAAAUAAAUAAAGUUAAUAAAGUUGAAAGUUAUUUAACCAU